GGGAAAGAGACUGGGAGAGAGAAGCUGCUGUGUGUGGACUAGCUUGCAGCUGCAAUUGUGGAAGAGGGAGAAAGCGUGCUCAUGUGAGAGAGACUCAGAGACUACUAGAGAGAGAGAGAGAAAGCAAAAGAGGUUGAGAGAGAGUGAGAGAGAGACAGACAGAUAGAGAAGGCUGAAACACAGAGAGUGAAGUAAAUAAAGAAUUCAAGAAAGACAGUACAGUGACGCAGUGCUUCUCUGUCUACUGUAGGUGUACGAAUUCUGUGGAGGCAGCGUGAUACAAGGACUAUACAUUUCCUGUCUCCUAUCAGCCGGAUUUACUCCGAAAAGGGCAUCAAUCACCAUUGGACCAUAAACUUCUCCACAAUAUUGCAGCCACUAAAGGUGGACUUUUAACAACUGCAGUGACAAUGCAGGAGCAUCUCUCAGUCCAGCAGAUGGGCAGCAGGAGCACAAAGUUCUCCUAGUAGUGAGGUUUGUCCUGGGCCUCGUCCGGACUACCAUGACUGACCUCCUGGCCAACCUGAGUGUUCCAUGGGGCACACAGGCGAUUGUGUGCCCCAACCUGACAGCAGCAGCCAUGGUUGUGCCGGGGUCAGGCAAGUCUCUGGCCCCCUUCUGCACCUUCUGCUGCUGUGGCCUGCUGAACCGUACCCUGGCCGUGAUGUUUAUGGUCAGUCUGGCCUUCGCCAUAGUGGUGGGCAACGUGGUCACGGUCACCGUCUUCAUGCAGACAAGACAGGUCCGCACACCACAGGGAUACCUCAAAGUCUCUCUGGCCAUAGCGGACAUGAUGGUUGGAGUGCUGGUGGUUCCUUUCUCUGUCUACACUGAGAUCUCUCUGAUGGUGACCAGCUCCCCUCCUGUCUGGUACCAGGGGGGCACUGACCCCUCCAUGGGGGGCCUGGUGGGACCCUGGCAGCCCUGCAUGCUGAUUGGUCCAGUCUUCGCUGGCUGUACGUUUGUCUCCAUCAGUACUAUUUUCCUGAUGACGGUAGAGCGCUGUGUGGCCAUCUUAUGGCCCCUACAUAAGGACCACCUGGUGACACGGAGACGCACCCUGUUUCUCAUCCUCUUCUCCUGGGCAGGCAGUUACCUUCUGGCCCUAGCCCCCCUCAUCCUCAGCAACAACUUCACACUGGAGUACAGUGAGUGCAGCCGGAUGUGUAACUAUGUCCCCCUGUGGGAUGGAGUCACUCUGCCCUCUGACGCCAACAUCCUCCUGCUGUUCCCCGUGUUUGACUUUACGCUGCUGGGCGGCACCCUGGUAUUCAACAUCCUGUCCUUCACCAGCAUCCGCCGCUACACACGCAAACGUAAGCUUAUGUCAGAGGGGAAUGUGGGGGUCGAGGGAGGGGGAGGCGGCUGCCAACAUAGACCCUCCUUCUCUGACAUCAAGGCCGCCAAGACGAUCAGCAUUCUGACGUUUGCCUUCACGGCUUCCUUCACCCCCAUCGCUGUGUUUGUGCUGGGCAAUGUGGUGGGCUUCACCUGGUGCAACUUCUCCUUUGUAGCCUUCUGGAUCCUGACUGGGAACAGCUGCUGUAAUGUGAUAAUAUACAGUGUGAGAGACCAGCGCUUCAGGAAAGGAGUGACUCUGCUUUUUCAGAGGGAGCACUCCCCUUCCCACGGGGAGAAAGGCGGAGCUACCCCCCCCACUCACCUUGUGACUACAACCCCAACCCCACCUCCUUAAACUAUUUUGAAAAGACAACCAGUGCCCUUUUCUUUAACUUUACUAUGGAGAGAGGGAUUUAAUCGGCAUUUAACUUCAGGUAAAAAAAAAAAAGCUUAUUUUUUCCCCCCACUGUGUCUAAAUACUGAAACAUAACUGUAGCUAACCUAUGCGGUAUCUAGUAGUUGCCAGCUAUUCCCAGCAUCUUUUAAAUCAUAUGACUCAAGCUGUCUCAUUGGACGAGGUGAGAUAUCUGUGGGGGAUAUCUUAAUAACAUGCACUUUAUCAUAGAGAUGUAAAUAAUGUAUGGUUUCAUUUGUUUUGUGACAUGUUUUGUGACUGUCCAGAAACAUGUUAAUUUUGCACAAUUUUCUCUAUAAUAGCGUUUCUUUUUUCUAUAAUACCAUUAUAGUCAUGAGGAUGGCGUAAUCAAAUGUGAGUGAAUUAAUUGUGAGAAUGUUUUGAAUCUAAAUGAAGAGAGAUGUUGAUGUUUUGUACAGUUAUGGGCAAUUCGACGGGUCCGUGAUCUGUACUACACAGAAAUGCAUGAUUAUGGAUAUGAAUGUCAUUCUCUUCAAGGUGAUGUAUCCUAAAUAGGUACAGAAAGGUUUACAUAUGCAAUAUCUUCUUUUGCAUAUUUGGGUAUUAUUCUACACACGGGCUAUUAUUUUAAUGAGCUCUGCCCCCAAACAAGACCAAAUUAAAUCUGAACCAAUCAUAGAUGUCUUUGUUUCACAAGUUUAGACAUCAAAGUACAGCAGAGCACAGUAGAGUAGAAUACAGCACUGUAGAGUAGAAUACAGCACUGUAGAGUAGAAUACAGAACUGUAGAGUAGAAUACAGCACAGUAGAGUAGAAUACAGCACAGUAGAGUAGAAUACAGCACAGUAGAGUAGAAUACAGCACAGUAGAGUAGAAUACAGCACAGUAGAGUAGAAUACAGCACAGUAGAGUAGAAUACAGCACAGUAGAGUAGAAUACAGCACAGUAGAGUACAGUACAGCACAGUAGAGUACAGUACAGUACAGCACAGUAGAGUACAGUACAGUACAGCACAGUAGAGUACAAUACAGCACAGUAGAGUACAAUACAGCACAGUAGAGUACAGUACAGUACAGUAGAGUACAGCACAGUACAGCACAGUAGAGUACAAUACAGCACAGUAGAGUACAGCACAGUAGAGUACAGCACAGUAGAGUACAGCACAGUAGAGUACAGUACAGUAGAGUACAGUACAGUAGAGUACAGUACAGUAGAGUACAGUACAGUACAGCACAGUAGAGUACAGUACAGUACAGUAGAGUACAAUACAGCACAGUAGAGUACAGUACAGCACAGUAGAGUACAGUACAGUACAGCACAGUACAGUACAGUACAGCACAGUAGAGUACAAUACAGCACAGUAGAGUAGAAUACAGCACAGUAGAGUAGAAUACAGUAGAGUAGAAUACAGCACAGUAGAGUACAAUACAGCACAGUAGAGUACAAUACAGCACAGUAGAGUACAAUACAGCACAGUAGAGUACAGUACAGUACAGUAGAGUACAGUACAAUACAGCACAGUAGAGUACAAUACAGCACAGUAGAGUACAAUACAGCACAGUAGAGUACAGUACAGCACAGUAGAGUACAGUACAGUACAGCACAGUAGAGUACAGUACAAUACAACACAGUAGAGUACAAUACAGCACAGUAGAGUACAGUACAGUACAGUAGAGUACAGUACAGUACAGCACAGUAGAGUACAGUACAGCACAAUAGAGUACAGUAGAGUAGAAUACAGCACAGUAGAGUAGAAUACAGCACAGUAGAGUACAGCACAGCGCAGUAGAGUACAGUAGAGUACAAUACAGCACAGUAGAGUACAAUACAGCACAUUAGAAUACAGCACAGUAGAGUAGAAUACAGCACAGUAGAGUAGAAUACAGCACAGUAGAGUACAAUACAGCACAGUAGAGUACAAUACAGCACAGUAGAGUACAGUAGAGUAGAACACAGCACAGUAGAGUAGAAUACAGCACAGUAGAGUAGAAUACAGCACAGUAGAGUAGAAUACAGCACAGUAGAGUAGAAUACAGCACAGUAGAGUAGAAUACAGCACAGUAGAGUAGAAUACAGCACAGUAGAGUAGAAUACAGCACAGUAGAGUAGAAUACAGCACAGUAGAGUACAGUACAGCACAAUACAGCACAGUAGAGUAGAAUACAGCACAGUAGAGUAGAAUACAGCACAGUAGAGUACAGUACAGCACAAUAGAGUACAGUAGAGUAGAAUACAGCACAGUAGAGUACAAUACAGCACAGUAGAGUACAGUACAGCACAGUAGAGUACAGUACAGCACAGUAGAGUACAGUACAGCACAGUAGAGUACAGUACAGCACAAUAGAGUACAGUAGAGUAGAAUACAGCACAGUAGAGUAGAAUACAGCACAGUAGAGUAGAAUACAGCACAGUAGAGUACAGCACAGCACAGUAGAGUACAGUAGAGUAGAAUACAGCACAGUAGAGUAGAAUACAGCACAGUAGAGUACAUCACAGUACAGUAGAGUAAAGUAGAGUACAAUACAGCACAGUAGAGUACAAUACAGCACAUUAGAAUACAGCACAGUAGAGUACAGUACAUCACAGUAGAGUACAGUACAGCACAGUAGAGUUCUGUACAGUACAGUACAUUCUAGUGUACUCAACUGUAGUAUGCUCUACUGUGUACUGUACUAAACUGUACUCUACUGUACAGUACUGUACUGAACUAUACUCUAUUUUUCUUUACUGUACUGUUCUGUACUAUACUGUGCUUUGUGACUACUAUUUCAAGGCACAAGGCAAUGUUUCUUAAACUUACAGAAGGCAGAAACAUUUUCCAAAAACGAAAUAUGUGUUGAUAUUAGUUGGCAGGGGUCUUUACAUCAACAUUAUUGUGUUUUGAUGUAUUCUGAUACCUUUUUAAGUAUUUUUCUGGUAGCUGUUUUCUAAGCCCCCUUUUCCAGAAAAUCAAAACACUUGCUUAUUCCUAAUUUCUAGGACAGGAAAAAGGUUCAACAAUAUAUAUAGACUCUUAGCUUUCAUUUGACACCCAAUUUGACAUUCUCCUAUGACCUUCACAUGUUGGUGUUCAUGGGUCCAUUCACAUAAAAUGUACCUUAUUCAUCUCAUGGAUGCCAGUGUACACACGGAAAAAUGAAUAUGAACGGUACAACAAGCAAAAAUGAGUACAAAACAUUCUAAAUUCACUGAAAUAGACAAAACGAUUCAGAUGCCUUAUCUUAUGUUUUGAGAGUGAAUGACCCACAAAGACCAAAUCCUCUGUUUAAUCUUUUCUGCUUAGCGGCUGUUAAGUUACACCAUUAAAUGGGCUACAUUUAUAUCUGAAUAUUCUCAUACCAUUAUAUGUUGUUUAUAACAUUAUUAUUAUUCAAGGAAAAACAUGCUCAAGAUAUUUACAGCACUUAUACAAUGUUGAUCGAAUAAAUGCAAAUCAAUUUAUUUAAAUUCAAAUCAUAUCUAACUCAAAAUGACAUGACUUAAAGUAAACAUGCUGAUAAACAUUUUGUAGCAUUUUCAAUAAACAUCACCCAAAGAAAUCAGGAUCAUUUCCAUAUGAUCUGUACUAAAAAGCUGUUUUGGUAC